AUGGCUAUCUCAAGCUUGCGAUCGCCAAUGAUGCUCAGAUACAGCAUGUACGCCCUAUUUUUGGGUCUGGCAGCCACAGUCUGCGCAGAAUCCUUUCUGAAGAAGGAUCCCAGUCUGCUGACGCUUGACGAAAUCGAAGAAACUGUGCAGCAAUGCUCAUUCGUCAAAAGACUUUCCGAGUACAAAGUCGAGACAUCCCCCGCUCACGCCUCUCUAACAACACGGCUCUUCGAAAUCCUCUUUCCAUCUUCCUCCCCCGCCAUCAACGCGCUCCUCGCAACAGCCUACAUCUCUGGCCCACCCAACUUCCUGUUAGCACUAUGUCCACCGAAUAUCGACCCCUCAAGUCUCAGCGUAAUGGUCGCCUUCGCGGUCGGCGGCCUUCUAGGCGACACGCUCUUCCAUCUCCUCCCCGAAAUCUUCCUAGGUGAAGACCACCACGACCGCGUCAAGUUCGUCAUGCUCGAGCCCAAUCGCAAUCUCCUACUCGGUGUAGGUAUCCUAGCCGGCCUGGUGACAUUCAUGGCCAUGGACAAGGCUCUUCGCAUCGCAACCGGCGGCGACCAACAUUCCCACAACCACUCCCACACCCCUGAGCAAGCGAACGGUUCUGCAUCCAGCACAAGCACCACCACCUCCAAAGACAGCAAAUCAAACGGCGCUGUCCGCCAACGUAAAUCACCCAAGAAAGAAAAAACUCCCGUCCCGAACCUCGAACCAGCUCCGAUCAAUCCCUCAGUCAAACUCGCCGGCCUCCUCAACCUAAUCGCCGACUUCACCCACAACAUCACCGACGGCCUCGCCCUUUCAAGCUCAUUCUACGCAUCUCCCGCCCUCGGCGCAACAACAACAAUGGCAGUUUUCUUCCACGAAAUCCCCCACGAAGUAGGUGACUUUGCACUUCUCAUCCAAUCGGGCUUCUCCAAACAGAAAGCCAUGGGCGCACAAUUCAUCACGGCGGUCGGCGCUUUUCUGGGCACAUGCAUAGGUAUUUUCGUCAAUGAGUAUGGCAGCGGCGACAGCGACUCAGCUACCGGACUCACCGCGGGGAUAUGGGGCACGAGUCUGCAAUGGGGCGACAUGCUGCUUCCUUUUACGGCCGGCACGUUUCUGUACGUAGGUACAGUCGCUGUGAUUCCCGAAUUACUCGAGACGGGUGCCAACAAAAGCCAAGAGCUGAGGAAGACAGCGCUGCAAUUUGGUGCCAUGUUCAUUGGUGCGGCUAUCAUGCUGGGCAUCUCAUGGUCGUGA